AUGGUGGACUACUACGAGGUGCUGGGCGUGCCCCGCCAGGCGUCGUCAGAGGCCAUCAAGAAGGCAUACCGCAAGCUGGCGCUCAGGUGGCACCCCGACAAAAACCCUGAGAACAAGGAGGAGGCGGAGAGGCGGUUCAAGCAAGUGGCCCAGGCCUACGAGGUCUUGUCAGACACCAAGAAGAGGGACGUUUACGACCGGUAUGGCGAGGCUGGAGUAGAGGGCGGCGGUGGCGGCAGUGGUGGCGGCGGGGGCAGCGGACCCUGCCGCGACCCCUUCGAGUAUGUCUUCACCUUCCGCGACCCGGCCGAGGUCUUCAGGGAGUUUUUUGGGGGCCGCGACCCAUUUUCGUUCGACUUCUUCGGAGACCCACUAGAGAACAUCAUGGGCGGUCGGAGGAGUUCCCGGGGAAGCAGAAGCAGAGGAACCGCUCCCUUCUUCUCCGCCUUCAGUGAAUUUCCAGCCUUUGGAGGUGGUUUUUCUUCUUUUGAUACGGGAUUUAGUUCCUUUGGUUCCCUGGGGAACGGAGGCCUUUCUUCCUUCUCCAUGUGUUGUGGUAGUGGUGGGACCGGCAACUUCAAAUCCAUGUCGACUUCCACCGAAAUCGUUAAUGGCAAAAAAAUCACCACCAAGAGAAUCAUUGAGAAUGGCCAAGAAAGGGUGGAAGUGGAAGAAGACGGAGAGUUGAAGUCCCUGAUAAUAAAUGGCAAAGAGCAGCUGCUGCGCAUUGACACCAAGUAAUUCCAGUCCACGUUCAACUUAGAGCACAUGGUGAGGAAUAGCAGGACUUUUUUUUUUUUUUUUUUUUUUUAACUUGCAAGGGAACUCUACUUUCAGAACAACUGUACUGAAGAAUUUAUAAACAGUCAUGCCAAUGCCUAUUUGUUGUUAUUGUUGGGACCACAUGAAUAGGACCUCUGAUUCUCUUUAAAACUUGUAAAUAUCUGUAUGCACUUUGCUAUUCAUUAAACAUAAUCCCCAGGCAGACGGUGAUUAUUUCCUAGUACUAGGACACAGUGUUACAGCACCUUGAACC